GUUGAGGCGGGAAAAAACGGAGCAUAUUAAAAUUUGGCUCUCGUGGUGCCUCGGCCUAUCGGUGCAGUGGUAGAAACCCUAGCUGGCGUAGCAAGAGUGUUCCGAAAUGCCUCCAAAGAAGAAGAAACCCAAUCCACAACCUUCCAAGUUUGGCAUUCAGCACUUCUUCGAUCGCGCCUCCCAGAAGCAGUCGCAACCCCCUCCCACCAAUGCAGUGCCUAACGCCGCCGAAGACCCCACUCCGGACACGGCCCCUAAGCGCUUCAAAUUCUCGCCUGGCAUGUUGGUCAAGCAGAGCCAAGAUGACGGGGUUGACGAGGUUACUUGGAAGAUUUCCCCGGUUAACGAAAGGCUUCAAGCAGUUUCAAAACACGCGCCUGAAAUAAUUAAAGCUUUAGCUGAUUCUUCCAAAAUGAACUUGUCGCCGAUUCGCAACUGCUCCGAAGACCAGACUUCUCAGGAUAAAGACGGAAAACUUCCUUCACUCACUCCCAAAGCAAAAGCUCUGUUGCCAAUGAGUAAAUUGGGCCAGAAAAGGAUAAAUCUGGACCGAGACGUGGAUAAUAACGUGAGCGUGGGUAACUCUGGAGGACAGAGUCCCUUCAGAACUCCGCCAUCUUUGUCUUGUUGCCCUGAUAAGGUGCAGCUUGCCAAGGGAAUUCAACACCAUGGACCGUGUGACCAGCCUUUUUUAAGACAGCACAAAAAGGCAUUGCUUGAACUGUUAGAUCAAGUUGAAGAUGCCAUUGCUGUUGAUGAUGAUGCUACAGUGUGCACUAACCAUACUUAUUUGUACAAAUCUCAAGAUCUAAUUGCUAAUGAGCUCCCUGUCAAAGCCAAUCCUGUAAUAGAAAGGACAAAAUCACAUUUAUGUAGAGGGGCCAUUAGUGUUUUCUCCAGUUGUAAUUAUUUGGUUUUGGAGGUAUCUGAAAAACAAAUGCCUGAUGAUUCAUCCGCUGCUCAAUGCCCAUACAAGGUGCUUCGUUUGCUAAAUGAACAAACUGGAGAAGAGUGGGCUGUAAACUUAAAGGAUGAAUGGUCUUACAGUGUAAUUGCUCCUGGAGAUACUGUAAACAUAAUUGGUCAAUUUGGUGAAGGGGGACAUUGUGAUGUUGAUCAUGAUAAUAAUUUUUUGAUUGUACACCCAGAUAUUCUGUUGCCUGGAACACGGGUUGCUGCAAGUUUUAGUUGCCAAAGGAGAGCUGUCUUAGAUGAGAGGAUAAAACACAAUGAAAACUCGAUUGCCGCAUUAACUGGAACCUUGCUUCACCAAAUUUUUCAGGCUGGGCUUACAAAAGAAUGUCCUACAGUAAAUUUCAUGCAAGAUUAUGCAGAAGUGGUGUUACAGAGAAACACUGAAAGUUUGUAUGCGUGUGGAGUAAAUGAAAAUGAUGUUCGCAAAACUUUGAGUGAGGAUAUCCCUAGAAUAUUAAGUUGGAUCAUGCAGUUCAAAAAUAUGAAGGAAAAAAAUGAUCCUAGUGUCAAUUUUGGAUUUGCAGAUGGGCUGAAGAAUCUUUGCAUAUCAGAGGUGAUUGAUAUUGAAGAGAUGGCAUGGGCUCCAAAGUAUGGUUUGAAAGGGAUGAUUGAUGCUUCAGUCAAAGUGAAAUUUCAGUCGCAAAAAGAUGAGCCAGAGGAGAAGAUCAUGCCACUAGAGUUCAAAACUGGAAAAACACCAAAUAGCCAGUCAUCAGUGGAACAUGAUGCCCAAGUAAUUUUGUACACUCUCCUGAUGUCUGAAAGGUACCAGAAGACUAUUGAGUCUGGUCUUCUGUAUUAUCUCCAAUCUGAUCAGACACGGGGCAUUGUGGUUCAAAGAUCUGACUUAAUUGGGCUAAUAAUGCGACGUAAUGAACUAGCCAGUGAUAUUCUUAGGGCAUUAACUUUGCAACAACUGUCUCCAAUGUUACAGAGUCCUAGCAUAUGCAGAGGUUGUCGCCAUCUUAAUAUUUGUAACAUUUAUCAUAAGGCACAUGGUGGAAGCUCAGAGAGCAGUGGGUUGGGAGAAAUGUUUGAUUCUCGUACUCAUCACAUGACAACUUCAUAUUCGAAGUUCCUCUGCCAUUGGGAUCGUUUGAUUGAUUUAGAAGCCAAAGAGACAGAGCUUUUAAAGAAAGAGGUGUGGCGAUCUUAUAGUGUGAAGAGUCCAAACAGUGGUGGCCUUUCUUCGCUUGUUCUUGAUGCUUCGCAAGGAAUACCGCAUCACAAAGAUCUCAAAGAUCAUCGCUUCAUUUAUCGUUUCAUACGAGAUACUUCUACCCUUUCUGCAGUUCCUGAUUCCUCUUCUAGUGCAUCCUUGAAAAAUGAUUUAGAUUGCAUGCUUCGAAGUGGAGAUCAUGUGAUAUUGAGUAAUGAAUCUAGCCAUCAAAUUAUUACAAAGGGGGUCAUAUCUGAUAUUAGCCAGAUCCAUGUAUCUGUUUCUUUUUCUAAGCGAUUACGAAUACCCGGGAGUUCUUCCACUGCACAUGAUCUUGUUCAGCAGGUCUGGAGAAUUGAUAAGGAUGAAGUUGUGACUUCAUUUGCCAUUAUGAGGUUUAAUCUUGUACAACUUUUUCUACAAAAUGAUCAAAGUGCUCAUCUGCGGAGGAUGAUUGUUGACCUUGAGGCUCCUAGAUUUGACACUGGAUCUUUAGUUAGCCAGGAUCCAGCAAUAUCCUAUGUUUGGUCGGAGAAGAGUUUGAAUGAUGAUCAACGUCGAGCAAUUCUCAAGAUACUUACGGCAAAAGAUUAUGCACUUAUAUUAGGGAUGCCUGGAACAGGGAAGACAUCCACCAUGGUCCAUGCUGUGAAAGCCUUGUUGAUUAGAGGAACAUCCAUUUUACUUACAGCCUAUACUAAUUCGGCUGUUGAUAAUUUGCUCAUCAAAUUAAAAGCACAGGGCAUUGAUUUUGUACGUAUUGGAAGAGAUGAUGUAGUGAAUGAGGAGGUCAGAGGGCACUGCCUCUCAGCAACAAAUGUGCAUAGUGUUGAAGAUAUAAAAACAAGGUUAGAACUAGUCAAAGUUGUUGCAGUUACUUGUCUUGGCAUUUCUAGUCCGUUGCUUGGCAACAUGAGAUUUGAUGUAUGCAUCAUGGAUGAAGCUGGACAGACAACUCUACCAGUGUCCUUGGGCCCUCUAACAUUUGCUUCAACGUUUGUACUUGUUGGGGAUCAUUAUCAACUGCCACCACUUGUGCAGAGUGCAGAGGCUCGAGAGAAUGGCAUGGGGAUAAGUUUGUUCUGUAGGCUCUCAGAAGCACAUCCAGAGGCUAUUUUAGCUUUACAGAGUCAGUAUCGUAUGUGUCAGGGCAUUAUGGACCUUUCAAAUGCCUUGAUAUAUGGUGAAAGAUUGAGGUGUGGUUCAUCUGAGAUAGCUAAUGCAAAACUUGAGUUUUCUGGCUUAAACUGUGGUUUGCCUUGGCUAGAAGAUGUUUUGAAUCCUCGAAGGCCUGUGAUAUUUAUCGAUACUGACAAGUUGCCUGCUUUAGAGGAAAGAGAUCAGAAGAUUGUAAAUAAUCCUAUUGAAGCUCACAUAAUUGCUGAGGUUGCAAAGGAAUUGGUAAAAAAUGGAAUUGGAAGAGAACACAUUGGCAUUAUUACUCCCUAUAAUUCACAAGCAAACCUUAUCCGGCAUGCUGCUUGCAUGACAUCCUUGGAAAUACACACCAUUGAUAAAUACCAGGGCAGGGAUAAGGACUGUAUUUUAGUAUCUUUUGUAAGGUCUAGUGAAAACCCAACAAGCUGUGCUGCUUCUCUGCUUGGAGACUGGCACAGGAUAAAUGUGGCUCUUACUCGUGCUAAGAGAAAGUUGAUCAUGGUGGGGUCUCGGAGAACACUCUUAAAGGUUCCACUAUUGAAACUUCUCAUUAAGAAAGUUGAGGAACAGUCUGGAAUAUUAAGUGUGACUAAGAAGGAUAUCUGUCGUAAAGGGGAGCUCAAGAGAUGUACACAAAUUAGAUAAAUUCAGGUGCCCAUAUUUUGAUGGGUUGUGUAAUUGUUAUUUUAUCAUCAUAGAAAUGGUAUGUACGAGUGUUUUUUGAUUGAUUUAGAAAUGUAAAUCUAUACUACAUAAAUGGAAAUUCUCACCUUUUGUGUUUAAUGUUUGCUUGUCCAAAAUUAAUUUUAUUUGUUAGUUAG